AAAAUUCAAAAGCUCAUUUUCUCCUUGGUUGGUAAGUAAAGCAAAUAAAAUCUAACUACUUAAAUUUUUAUAUUAAUACAAUUUGUAUUUCUUAGAAGACGACUUUGUGACGGAAAUCCCGCAAAACAGCGGGGAUCCCUUAGCAGGAAACCCACCAAAGGAUCAGAUGAAAGAGCUUAGGGUCUGGGUUCGAGACUUGCAUGGAAAAUUGGAUGCCAAUACGAAGACCAUAGAGGCAAAUACGAACCAGUUAGCUGAGUGCACCCAGCAGAUUGCAAAACUGACGGUACUGCUGCAGAUUUUCCUUAAGGGAAAGUCCAAGGAUGCAGAGGAGGAGCUGGUGGCGUUAGAAGUUAAAAUAUGCUCGUCUACUAAAACCGCCUAUCUUGAGACCAUCACCGCAAUUCUUAGCCGAAAUAAUUUGCCUAAGUCUAUUAAGGGAGUUUUGGCAGAGCACCUUCUUUGCGACUUUAAUAUAGACGGCGUGAAUGGAAAAAAGGCUCUAAAGGGCUUUCCAGGGUUUUUUUCCGUUAUAGUCGCAAAGAAUCGAGACAAGUGGCAGCCUCAUCUGAAUCAAAGUUUUUACCAUUCAAAGAGUUUUGAAGAGAGCGAAACAAAUGGUAAUCUGAAGGUGCUUAGUCCGGACUAUGAGGUGGAUGUGGUAGCACUUCCCAAUUCAGCUCCGUUAAUUUUUGCCGAGUGA